UACACAACGCAGCCACCACUGACACUUCAAUGGCUCACUUGCAAGCUGUGACAUCUUCCGUAAAUCCCCUUGCUCCUGCUCCAAAUCGAGAAUGUAAAUUAGGGGCUAAAGCAAGUGAGUUUCGUGGAGUUCCAUUUGUUUAUCGUAGCACUAGGAAUCUUUCGCAGGCAUGUAAAACUCAAGGAAUUCGAGCAGUGUUGGCCAGUGAUAAGGAAACAGAUGCAUCAAGUGCCACUAAUGGAAGGGGUCUACGUGGUAAAUUGAACAAAGUUGUCCUAGCGUAUAGUGGUGGCUUGGAUACGUCGGUGAUUGUUCCUUGGCUAAGGGAGAAUUAUGGCUGUGAGGUUGUCUGCUUUACUGCAGAUGUUGGCCAAGGGAUCUCGGAAUUGGAAGGUCUGGAAGCGAAGGCCAAGGCAAGUGGAGCCUGUCAAUUGGUGGUGAAAGAUUUGACAGAAGAAUUCGUGAAAGAUUAUGUAUACCCUUGUUUGCGAGCUGGGGCAGUAUACGAAAGAAAGUACUUGUUGGGAACGUCAAUGGCCAGGCCUGUUAUUGCAAAGGCAAUGGUGGAUGUAGCAAAAGAUGUUGGAGCAGAUGCUGUUGCUCAUGGAUGCACAGGAAAGGGAAAUGAUCAGGUGCGUUUUGAGCUCACGUUCUUUUCCCUUAAUCCUGAUCUCCAAGUCGUGGCUCCUUGGAGGGAAUGGGAUAUAACGGGAAGGGAAGAUGCUAUUGAGUAUGCCAAGAAACACAAUGUGCCUGUCCCCGUGACAAAGAAAUCCAUUUAUAGUAGAGACAGGAACCUAUGGCACCUCAGUCACGAGGGAGAUAUCUUGGAGGACCCUGCAAACGAGCCCAACAAGGAUAUGUACAUGAUGUCUGUUGACCCAGAAGAUGCGCCCGACAAACCCGAGUACCUUGAAAUAGGGAUAGUUUCCGGAAUCCCUGUUUCCAUCAACGGAAAAGAACUCUCCCCUGCAUCUCUUUUGUCCGAGCUCAACGACAUCGGUGGCCGACACGGUAUCGGCCGAAUCGACAUGGUCGAAAACCGUCUCGUUGGAAUGAAAAGCCGCGGGGUCUACGAGACUCCCGGUGGGACCAUCCUUGCCGCCGCUUGCCGUGAACUCGAGUCUCUCACCCUCGAUAGAGAAGCCAUCCAAUUCAAAGACACCAUGGCCCUCAAGUACGCCGAGUUGGUCUACGCAGGCAGGUGGUUCGACCCGCUUCGUGAGUCCAUGGAUGCAUUCAUGGAGAACAUCACGAAAACCACCACCGGUUCGGUGAGACUCAAGCUGUACAAAGGCUCGGUGAUCGUUGCUAGCCGGAAGAGCCCGUAUAGUCUGUACAGGGAGGAUAUAUCGUCGUUUGAAAGCGGGCAGAUUUACGAUCAAGCUGAUGCUGCUGGGUUCAUUAAGCUGUAUGGAUUGCCUAUGAGGGUCAGAGCAAUGCUUGAAAAAGAUUUGGGUAAGAAGUGAAAUCUUGAUUCAUGCUUUGUUCUUGAAUUGAGAAACUUUAUGGGAUUGUAACAUUGAAUAAACCACUGGUCUUAGAUUUUGAAUUGGUGAUGUUAUUGUUCUUUGAGUAAAUUACGUUUUUAGUCCCUGUGGUUUGUUGGAAUUGCUGUUUUUGUCUCUAUACUUUUGAUUUUAUGAUUUUUA